AUGGCCCGUUUGCGUUUUCGAGAUUAUGAAGCAGACAAAAAGGAGAUUCAGGGUUUUCUAAGGGAGUUCCAUAAGGCUGAAGCUGACGGCGGAAAACGUUUCCCUUACUUGGAACAGCUGCACAAAAUUGCCAACCGCACUCAGAAUGUUAUUCGCAUAUCUCUUGACGACCUAUGGGAUGUCAGUGAAGAUUUAACAACUGCAGUGGAAUUGAAUACUGUACGGUUCCAGAAACUGUUCGCUGAAGUAAUUGAUGAUCUUCUUCUUGAUUACCGUGGGAGUGAUGCUCACAUUCGGGAUGUGUUGGAUAUAUACAUUGACCACAGAAUACGAAUGGAACAAAAGCUACAAAUGGUCAAUGCAGGUGUUGAUCCGGGUUCUGGUGUCCAACAAAACGUCCAAAUAUCCACUGCUGAUUUGCGUGAAAUAAGGGCCAAAUUUCCCCCAGAGCUUCUAAGGCGGUACGAAGUUUACUUCACAGCUCGCUCCCACUUCAAGCCCAUGACUGUGAGGACAGUUUUGGCAUCCAGUGUCGGCCACCUGAUCCAGGUUCGCGGAGUUGUUUGUCGCACGACUGAAGUGAAACCUCUUUUGCGUGUUGCCACGUACACCUGCGACCGCUGCGGUGCUGAAACCUAUCAGGAAAUCACAAGUUCUAGUUUCAUGCCAUUACUUGUGUGUCAAACCGCCGCCUGCAAAGGAUCCGGAGCGGGCAGUGCAGGUCAACUACAGUUACAAACUCGUGGCUCUAAGUUCCAGAAGUUCCAAGAACUCCGCAUUCAAGAGCUUUCAGAACAAGUUCCUGUUGGUAAUAUACCGCGUGGUCUUACUGUCUACGCUCACGGAGAGAAUACUCGCCUAGCUCAGCCGGGAGACCACGUUCUUGUUACGGGCGUUUUCCUGCCUUCAGCGCGCGGCACCGUUGGAGGAAGGGCUGUUGCCGCCAUGGCAGGCUCUACUGGUGCCCUUCUGGCCGACACCUUUCUGGAGGCUCAUUCCAUAACUUUACUAAGUGAUUGUGAGCCAAACCCUGAAUUGGAACCUACGGCGGAGGAAGUUGAUCGUCUCUCUGAUCCUGAUAUGUACAACCUUAUGGCACAAUCACUUGCGCCUGAAAUCUACGGUCACGAGGACGUCAAGAAGGCUCUUCUCCUGCUCCUCGUUGGUGGUGUGGAGAUUCGUCCUCAGGCAGGACUUAAGAUUCGUGGCAAUCUUAAUAUUUGCUUGAUGGGAGAUCCGGGUGUUGCGAAGUCGCAACUUUUAAGUUUCGUUAACCGUCUUAGUCCUCGGUCUCAGUAUACCACCGGCCGUGGCAGUUCCGGCGUUGGUCUGACUGCCGCCGUUACAAAGGAUCCGUACACCGGAGAGAUGGCACUUGAGGGCGGUGCGCUAGUUCUGUCUGACCAGGGAGUGUGCUGCAUCGACGAGUUCGACAAGAUGGCUGAUUUUGACCGUACGGCUAUUCACGAGGUCAUGGAACAGCAAACCAUCAGCAUCGCAAAGGCAGGCAUCCUCACUACGCUGAAUGCCCGUGUAGCGCUGCUGGCUGCAGCUAAUCCUGCCUACGGUCGAUACAAUCCGCACCGCUCUGUUGAACAGAAUGUUGAUCUGCCUGCUGCACUCCUCUCCCGAUUUGACCUCCUUUGGCUUAUUCAGGAUCGGCCUGAUAGAGAAAAUGAUAUGCGUCUGGCGCAGCAUAUCGCUUACGUACACUCACACGGUUCCGCGCCUGCUAUGACUGGUAUGGCAGAUGACGGUGGUAGCGAUAGUCACGGCUUCAGUCGCCUCCUCUCUGUAAUUGAACUGCGUCGGUUGAUCACCGUUGCUCGCGCCCAACCUACUCCUACUGUGCCUGCUCACCUCACCGACUACCUGGUGGGCGCUUACGUGGAGAUGCGCAAAGAAGCUCGGGUCAACCGGGAGAUGACUUACACUAGUGCGCGCACUCUCCUUGCCAUCCUCCGUCUCUCCACCGCUCGUGCUAGACUUCGCGCUGCUUCCGAGGUAGCGAAGUCCGAUGUGGACGAGGCUAUGCGGCUGAUGGAAGCCAGUCGCGCCUCUGUACACAACCCACUGGGUGGACUUCAUGAUCGCAGUCGCCUGACGUCAUACAAAGACCUCAUCUACCAAGUGGUUCGUGAGUUGCUGUCCGCUGGUGAUGGCACAACCCGUCUAGCCGAUGUGAUGGAGCGAUGUGCCACGAAGGGUUUCACUCCUGCCCAGGUUAACGAGGUGGUUGACGCCUAUGAGAAUCUCAACGUCUGGCAGCUUAACAUGGCCCGCACACGCCUCACUGCAGUCGCUUAG